AAUAUUUUGGCGUUUCUCUUCAUUAAUUUUGUUACAAUUUUAUGUAAUGUUCGGAUUUUUUCCCCAAAUAAUUAUUUAUGCAUUUUGUAAAUCAUUUAUAUAAUUUUGUCGAGCUACAUAAUUUAUAUGUUUUAUGUUUGUUCUGCUAAAAAGAAUUACAGUUGUAGCCGUCGCUCGUGCUCGUUGUGUAACCGAACUUGGUCUUUUAGGUAUUCGCCAUCACACAUUUUCCAACUAAGAAAGAAGGCCGUUAAUAUUGCAGUUUACCCUAAGGGUGGUGAGCGCCAUGCAUGAGGAUCGUUGGUACUUCUCAAAAGAGCAGCUGGAGAAUACACCCAGCAAACGAUUUGGCAUCGAUGCUGAUAAAGAGCUGUCAUACCGACAGAUUGCUGCCAACCUCAUUCAAGAAAUGGGCCAAAGGUUGCACACCACCCAACUGUGUAUAAACACUGCCAUUGUGUAUAUGCACCGUUUCUACAUGUACCACCCCUUUACGUUAUUUCAUCGCAAUGCAAUAGCUACUGCAUGUCUUUUUCUUGCUGCUAAGAAUGAAGAACAGCCUCGAAAAUUGGAACAUGUUCUCAAGGUCUCCAUAAUUUGUCUGAAUAAACAACAUGGUCAUAAUUUUCAUCACAUUGAUAAUAAAUCUGAAGUUUAUUUAGAACAAGUCCAAGACUUGUUAAAAAAUGAAGAAACAUUGUUAAAAACCUUAGGUUUUGAAACAGCCAUUGAUCACCCUCAUACUCACAUAGUAAGAUGUUGUCAUUUGGUAAGAGCCAGCAAAGAUCUUGCCCAGACAGCAUAUUUCAUGGCAUCCAAUAGUCUACAUUUAACCACCAUGUGUGUCCAAUACAAACCAACCAUUGUCGCUUGCUUUUGUAUACAUUUAGCUUGCAAAUGGUCAAAAUGGGAGUUAAAAGAUAGUAUGGAGGGAAAACCAUGGUUUUGGUAUGUAGAUCAAAGUGUAACAACUGAACUACUAGAACAAUUAACCACAGAAUUCUUAACAAUAUUUGAUAAAUGCCCAUCACGUCUAAAAAAACGAUUGGUGGCCACUAAUUCAAGGGACAAAAAUGGAGCAUUAGCAAAUUAUUGUUCUUCUCAACAAAUGCAAUCACCAACCCCUCCUUUGCCUUCUAAUUACAAACACCAGGGUCAUUCUCGAAUGAUAAACACCUGGCCUACGCCGUCCAAAUUUCCUAAUCCUGUAGUCUUCCAACCUCCAACCAAAGUUAAUGGUGUUCCGGUUGAUCACAAAUUUGUAGUACCUGUUACUAGACCUAUUCCUUCUAAAGAACAACCCACGCCAGUUGUUCCAAGUAAACCACUAGCACCAGUAAAACCUAAAGUGGAAAUACCAACAACUUUAAAUAAUAAUAUUAAAAACGAAAUUCUCCCACAAAGACCUAAAUCACUACCUAAACCUCCAGAACAUGUUAUUAAACAGGAUGUUGCUAUUAAACAAGAAAUAGUAGUUAAACCUGAACCUAUUCGAAAUCAGUUCUCUGUUGGCCGAGAUAACCAUUCUGAAGUAAUAACAAGUGUGCUCAAAGAAAUGACCAAGCUUAAUGAUUUAAAUAUUUUAUCUGUGAUCAAAUCUCCUCGAGAAUCUCCACCCAAAGUUAAAAAGCCAUCAAUAUUUAGUCCAGUACCUGAAGAUGAACCACAAGAUGUUAAACCUUUUAUAAUUAAAUCUGAACCAGCAGAAAAUAAUAUUGUUAUUAAAUCUGAACAAAUAGAUGAAAGUUACAAUAAAUCUGAACCACUAAUAGAAAGUUAUGCUAAAUCCGAAACAUUACUAGAAUCUUAUAUUAAAUCUGAGCCAAUGAGCCCUCAAAUACUGGAUGUACCUAAAUUUGAUCCAGAGUUAAUGUUGAAUCCUGUUGGUCCAACUGGUACUAUUGAAAUGGAUGGAGAAACUUGUAAUUCAAAUACACAUAAAAAGAAAAAGAAAAAACAUAAAGAAGAAAAACGUGAGAAAAAGAAACAUAAAAAAGAUAAAAAACACAAGGACGGAGAACAUAGACAUCACAAACAUAAAGAUAAACACAAAGAACCGGAACCUAUUAGAAUUACAAUACCUAAAGAAAAAAUUAAGCAAAUACCACCUGUAGUUAUAACUACACCACAUUCUCCACCUAGAGGCAUUAAGUUAAAAAUUGCCAAAGAACGAAUCGGAGGUAGUGGUCCAGGUUCUGGAAGUAGUUUACGUAUUAAAAUCAGUAAAGACGACAGAGGAUUAAAAAGGGAUCAUAGUCCAAAUGAAACCACUCCGAAGAGAAAUCGUAAAGAACGAAGAGAUUCUGAUUCUGGAUUAGGUUUUAGUCAGAGUUAGUAUUUAUUGUUUGUAAACUGGAAUCGAAACUAUAUAUCAUACAUUAUUAUUUUUUGUUUUUAUAACAAAACAGAAUGUUUGAGUAAGUAUUUUUCAUUUGUUUUUUUUUAUUUUAUAAAAUUGAAUUUAUAAAUUGGAAAAACAGAAAAAAAAAACAUUUUGCAAAUACUUUUUCUCUUAGAUAAAUGUUUCGAUUUCUGGUGUGUGUCGUUGUGCAAUAUAAUAAUAAUAUAAUGCUCUUCCCGACACUUGAUUUUUGUUUUCGUUUUGUUGUUAACAAUUUAAGUGCCUUUAUUUUGUUUGGUCUUUUAUUAUUUUUAUAUACAUGAUAAGUCAAACAUUAUUCACUUAACGAGUAGACCUCCUAGUACAUACUCGUACACAUAAAUAUUAUAAAUAGCUAACAUCGUCAUCUCACACGUCGAGCUAUAAACUAUAAUAUUGAUUUUGUGAUAAUUGGCGAACAUGCGUCAACCUUAUUUGUACCACUACCAUUGUAAAUAUUGUAAUGUCGACUGAGUUAACAAUCAUAGGAGAAAAAAUUAUGGUUUUUAGGAAUUUACAUAUUAAACAUUGUAUUUUGCAGAGCUCAUAAUAUAUACAUUUCUUUUUUCUGAACUCCCUAUGACCUAAAUUUUCAACAUUCUAGUAAAUAAAUUUUUUUAAAUUGUAUAUUUUGUAUUUGUACUUGGUUAUGUAAUUAUUUUUCUGCGUACAUAAGUAAAAAAAAAAUGUUGUUAAAAAGUA